AUGAAGUCCUUCUGCCGUGCUCUCAUUCUCAGCUUGACAUGGUCUGCUUCGAUUCCCCGCGUUUGCUCAGCUUCGCCGUUCAGUCUGGUCUUUUUCCGACUCAAGGCGUCAGCGAGUGCGAGUUGCUAUCGUAAAGGUCUUACGGCAAUAGGACCCGGGAUCUUAGAUGUCUCGUUCAUCCCGCAAGAAGGAAGCAAAUAUGUCCUCUUGCGCGCCUCAAAUUACGAUUCGACGAGCAAUCUUGGGAAACCGGAGAGUCUUAUGGGCAAGGAUGGUGUUCCAGAAAAGGUGCUAGUGCAGUUCAACGUUACUUCAUCCGGUCAGGAUCAGCAGUUCUGGGAUGCCGAGUCCAGAGCAUGCUGCAUCGUGACGGCUCACAUCAAAGUCGUCAUCGGUAUCUCGCUCCUCAACAAAGGAAAAGUCUUCUCGGCCGAGGCCGUAGCGCAAAUGAACUGCAGUGGCAAACACCUACCUCAACCCCAUAGCUGCCCAGAGGAACCGUCCACGGUACCCUGUCCUAGCGUUUUCCCGCAGGUUACGGUUGUGCCUGAGCCGGAGCCCGUCCUGCAAACGUACGAAAUCGAAGCAGACGCAAGCGGCCACUGCGAGAUCUGGAGGAAGCGCUGGCCGCAUGCUCUCACGCAGAUAACGGCGAUCGAAUCGCCUCUAAUUUACGUGGGCAUUCUGUCAAAGCAGUAUGGCGCUCAGCUUUGGACCGACUUUGUCCACUCUCUUUCCGAUCGUCGGGUCAUUGUGCGAUACAUCUCUCCCCUGAAUGACGACUACAUCGUAUCACUUCAGAUCAGGCAGCGAGGAGAAUAUCAGCCUACAUGGGCGCCGCCUGAGAAGCCAUGCUGCAGUGCUUUCAUGCUUGCUUAUGUCGGCUUGGGCGUCGCCAGACGCUCUUUUACACUGCUCAGCGAACCGAGAUUCUUUGUCGCCUGCCCGCCGCAUCCUCUGAUCAUGCAUGUGAGCACUUGCAACGUCGAAUACGAGCUGCCAGCAGAAUAUGUCUGCCACAACGUGCAGUCGCGAAUCGAAGGUCGCGCGUUGGAGGGCGCAUUAGCUCAAGGGUAG